UGGGUCUUGACGAAAUUGGACUGGAACAGAAUAAGACCCAAAAACCCUAAAGAUUUUGGUCCUUUUGUUUUUUUGCCCUAACAAAAAACCCUAACGCAGAGAGGCGGAGAGGAGAAGGAAGACGGUGAGAAGCAAUGGUGUCGCUGAAGCUCCAGAAGCGGCUCGCCGCAUCCGUAAUGAAAUGCGGGAAGGGAAAAGUUUGGCUCGAUCCCAAUGAAUCUGGCGAUAUCUCUAUGGCCAAUUCCCGGCAGAACAUUAGGAAGCUUGUGAAGGAUGGUUUCAUUAUCAGGAAGCCUACCAAGAUCCACUCACGUUCUCGUGCCAGGGCUUUGAACGAGGCCAAGCGAAAGGGUCGUCACUCUGGAUACGGUAAGAGAAAGGGUACAAGAGAGGCAAGGCUACCAACCAAGAUUCUUUGGAUGAGGAGAAUGAGGGUGUUGAGGCGUUUCUUGAGCAAGUACCGUGAGUCAAAGAAGAUUGAUAGGCACAUGUACCAUGACAUGUACAUGAAAGUGAAGGGUAAUGUGUUCAAGAACAAGCGUGUGCUUAUGGAGAGUAUCCACAAGAUGAAGGCUGAGAAGGCCAGAGAGAAGACACUCUCUGACCAGUUUGAGGCUAAGCGUAUUAAGAACAAGGCUAGCAGGGAGAGAAAGUUUGCCAGAAGAGAGGAGAGAUUAGCUCAGGGACCUGGAGGUGGAGAGACAACAACUCCUGCUGCUGCGCCAGUACCUCAACAAGCAGAGGUAACGAAGAAGAAGUCGAAGAAGUGAUUUGGUUUUGAACUUUUUUGCGAUUGAAUCUUGAGUUUACCUGUAGAAGAAGCGUCUUUUAUCCUAAAUGAUUUUGUCGGAGAUUCUUUUCUUGAAAAAAAUUUCUUAUGUUAUGGAUCUCACAUUGCUUAUUAUGAAUUUAUCAGUUUUGUUUCUUUA